GUUCCGCACCCUCGCGUGUGAACGAGUUCUGAAUCGCCCCAGGCCUGGCGUCGGCGAACUUCACAGCCAGCGAGACAUGCUACUCUCGAACAACAUGUUUCGGCUAUGGGAAACGGCUUUCUGUGCUGUUGGUGUCUUUCUGGCUGGUGUUCACGCUGUCAAGGAGCAGACAACGGUCGGGAUGAACAAUUGGGAUUCAAGCUUGCGCCGACUGUCCACCGUCGCAUCAGAGGGUACGUUCAAAGAGCUCGCUCAUGCGAGCUUGCCGGGUUACGCAGUACGCGUUAAGAAGACCGAGUUCUGCGACCCCACUGUGAACGUGUACACAGGCUAUUUGGACGUCGAUUAUGGGGCGAAGCACCUAUUCUUCUACUUUUUUGAGAGCAGGAGGGAGCCAGAGACAGACGAUGUUAUGAUGUGGAUUAAUGGUGGACCGGGCUGUUCCUCGUCCAUGGGCCUCCUCAUGGAGCUAGGGCCUUGCCAAAUCGACAUGACAGGCACCUCCCAUAAUCGAACGACGUGGAAUCCGUACUCGUGGAACGCGGAAGCUAACAUAUUUUUUCUCGACCAACCCGUCGGCGUCGGCUUCUCGUACGCGGAUUACGGCGAGACGAUCGAGACCACCGAAGAUGCCACUCGAAACGUGCAUGCCUUCAUCACCAUCUUCUUCCAGACGUUCACCGAGUUUGCUGGACGCCCACUGCAUCUCGCUGGCGAGUCAUACGGUGGACGAUAUCUCCCCGCGUUUGCGAGUUACAUCUAUGACCAGAAUCGUAUCGCCCACGCAGAGGGACGCGAGACGAUCAAUUUGCAGAGCGUGAUCAUUGGCAAUGGCAUCACGGAUAUCUCAACAUUAUAUCCUGGAAGAUAUGAAAUAGAGUGCGGCACAGCAGCCCUGGAUGCACCCUUCCAGAAGAUCAGCACCUGCGUGCGGAUGAAGAUGGCGCUACCGCGCUGCCAGAAAGCGAUGUACGCCAAUUGCAUCGACCAAUUCGACGCUAUUGACUGCAACGCCGCUGUGAACUUCUGCGACUCCGAGCUGAGUACGGGUUACUGGGCUAGUGGACGCAACCCGUACGACAUCUCAAAGCCCUGCGAAGGUACAAGCCUUUGUUAUAACGAAAAUGCCGUCAUCAAGUCCUUCCUCGACGAUCCCUCCACUCGCACACUCCUUGGCGUCUCCUCUCCAUAUAACUUCACCGCAUGUAGCAGCGCCGUCGGGGCAGGCUUCCGCGCGCAUCUGGAUAAGUGGGCUGUGCCGUCUCAGUACUACGUCGCGGGCCUGCUCGCGCGCGGUGUACGGGUGCUGAUCUAUGCUGGCACGUAUGACUGGCAGUGCAACUGGGUCGCAAACCGGAUGUGGGUCGACAAACUCGAGUGGGAAGGCGCGGAGGCGUGGAAGACAGAGGCGUGGAGGGGGUGGGAUGUCGGCGAAGGCGUAGCGGGCGAGACGAAGACGGUGGGGCCGCUGACAUUUGCAACAAUAGCGGGCGCUGGACAUAUGGUCCCUCAUGACAAACCGGCGGAAGCGCAGGCGAUGAUAUCGCGAUGGUUGACCCAGAAAGCCCUCUGAGAUGCCGCGGACCAGGAUGAUGCGUGCAAUUAUUCUUUGCCAACCGUUGGGGCAUGUACACUGUAUUAAUGUGGACGAAAAGCGCAGAAUGUGAGGAUGAUAUCACGCAUACGCAGGAGGCGGGUCGCUCCGCCUGACACUCCCCAUCUCCGUCCUCAACCACGCCAACUUUGUAACGACACCAUUUCCAUCCUCAGCCCGAGCGCGAUCUCUGUAUCAUCGGACUGUCGGCGGCUGUACGCUCCGCACGCAGACUUGCGACCUGCGCCCUGAAUAUUGAAUACUUGAGUCUCAUGCGCCAACCGCGAGAGCUCUGAGGAGGUACAGUUCGACCGCGCUUUUCAUUAUGUAGUAGAACCUGUUCAGAACUACUUAAGUAGUACUAG